UGUCACCAGGCCCUAAACUGUCAACUCUUUGUACCCGUUACCCGGUGUUUCGGCUGACAAAAAGCAUUUUCACACAAUUUGGAACCUUCAAUCAAUUCACUGUCAUCAAUUAGAAUUUCAUCUGAUCCGGUUAUAUUUUCUGCGGUUUCUAGCCCGUUUACAUGAUCUACCCUUCACGAGUUUGAGUUAGCUUUUUAGGGUCCUUGAGAGAUUAUUUAUCGAGCUUUGGCCCAAUGCCGCCAUGUGAUGAGUUCAGGUGCUCGGGUUAUCAAUCACGAAAGCAUAUUUACCACUCAUGAAACUGCUGUACUCGGCUAUGGUUUGUAUAAUUAAAAAAAAAAACAUGCCACGGAUCUCAAACACAUUGUUAGUGGAAUGCGCCGUACUGUAGCAGCAGCAGCAUCUGUAGUCUACAUAAAGCUGUCUCCUGGGAACAGAAUUACACCCGGCCCGUCUCGUAUAAUGUAAUGGGGGAUCUAUCAAGUGCGAUCAUAAGCCUCAGAAGCUGUCACUCGUCUAAGUAAUGACUUGAGUGCUCUUGAUUAGACUCACACAAAAAAGUGACACUUGUGGAGGGCAGAGGGGGGGGGGAGACACCCCCUCUAAAGUGAUUUUGGCGCUAUGGAUCUCCCUGGCUAUAGCUUGUGACAACUGAAUUGAAUUUUUAAUGAUGGGGCGGCAUUUCCAUUUCAGUCUUGAUCACCACCGGGACCCGCUUGCACUCUUGAGGACUUGCCUGUCGCCAGGAGAAAAGGGCAGCAGCCGCUUCUCUUGGGACUCUUCAUACCGUGGAAAAACGUUUUCUCCUUUUUUCCCUCAAGUGGGUGCUAUCAGCCAUUGUGCAGCAAAACCGUCGCACAUUCCGACGGCUUUUUACCCACUUCCGGUGACAUUUCUUCAGCGACUGUUACAUGUCAUCGCCGCAAUCGGUUGCACUCAUGAAACAACCGAAAAGGACUGUGCGGAUGUACAAAUCCUGUCGUUCUUUUAUUCAUGCGUUAUAAAAUGUAUCAAUAAUGACAUUUAUUUCUUAUGUCCAUAUUUAAAGUAGUAUUUUUACCACACAUUUGCUUAGGAAGUGUGCCUCGAAUUGUUGUUAUCCGUGUUCUAGACUCUUGAUUCAAUUUAUUUUAUUUUUGCUGCCUCUGCCUUGAAGCUAAAAAGGGAGCAAUAUUUCACCCAAGAUCCAAAACGUUACUUUAUUAUUUUUUUUAAUCAAUAAAAAACAAUUACUUGGUAACACGGAUGCUUGAACUCGGCGUUCUUUUUGUCUCGUGUCGCCAAAAGUGAGCCGUUAUUCAUCCGUCGAGCGAAAGGGUCCAAUCGAUGCAGUCGGCACACGUCCACAAAUGAUGUCGCAACGCCAAAUGACGAGGCUCAGACGGGAGCUAAUUUUAGACCCGCUUCGACUAAUUGAGAAGCGCUUUUUUAGCUUAUCUCGCUGCCGUCACGCGUGCCCGUGCGCGUGCGCCGCCGGCUAUCAAUAAUCCAGUAAAGCCAAACCUGACGUCACUUCCGCAUUGGAGCUUCAGUCUCGGUAGCGGCCAGCUAUUCACCGUCACAGGCACACUCCGCGCUCGGUCGCUGUAGUAACGCGUGGGAAGCGGAGGCAACGAGCUACGCGCCCCCCCCCCCCCCCUUCCAAAAGGGAAUUGGAACGCCACCUGCCCACACGCUUCGUUCUGGCGACUCAAGUCAUGCCGGAUAGGGAUUUUUUACCACCUUGACGUUGAUCGGAACUAAUCACGAAAGGGGCGAUACGCAAAAGCUGGAACUUUUUUUUUUCGGGGGGGUGUUCGUCGGAGAAAAAAAAGCAUCCCGAUUCCCCAGUCAAGUUGGUCGUCGGUUACGCGGCUUUCCGCGUUCGUUCCGCUUGCAAGCAGCAGCUGUUGCUGACGAGGAGGCGGACACCAGAGAAGCGGCUGCUCGCUGGCCACCUGACCCUCCGGAAAAACAAAACGGCGGAGUGAAUCGCCGCAGGCUGCGACCUCGGUCGAUAACUCCCGGCGAAGACGGACGUGACUCCGCGCUACGUCCUCCUCGCGUCCACCAUGCCGAGCGCCGGCAUCGUCAUCCCGAGACGGGAACCCGCGACGCCCGCGCUUUAACGUGCAACCCGGUGCGGCGUCGCGGCCGGAAUGAGCUCCGCCGACCCGGAGCGCGCGUCGCUCGGCUCCUCGGCCAACUCGGUGGCCUCGAGUGCGCGAACGCUCUCGGCCAACGUGAAGAAGCUGCACAAGGCGCUCAACCUGCUGCUGAACGACUCGGAGCGGGAGCAGUUCAUUCACUGCCUCAAUGUGUACCACUCCAAGCGCAACGUCUACGACUUGGUGCGGACCCUCAACGUCAUCCUCAACGCGCCCGGCAAGCGACAGCUUCUCCCCAUGCUGCGGCUCGUCAUCCCCCGGUCUGACCAGCUGCUCUUCGAGCAGUACACCUCGGAGGGCCUCUACCUGAAAUCGGAUUUCGUGGCGAGCAACGGUACCGCCGAGCCCCCGCCGGGCCACUACCCCGGCGCCAGCCCGACUCCCCCGGCUCACCACCCGCAGGACAACCCGGCCGAGUUCCAGGUGGCGUUGCGCGGCUCCCCGGAUAGCUUCAGCUCCAGCAGCGACGGGACGGCUCCUCUGGUACCGCUGCUCGGCAGGAACUUUAUCCACGAGCCGCCGGGCGAGCUGCGGCAGGUCACCAUGAAGCGGCACAAGAGCAACGAGGGUCUUGGUUUCAGCAUCCGAGGCGGGUCGGAGCACGGAGUGGGGAUCUACGUCUCCCUGGUGGAGCCGGGGAGCCUGGCGGAGAAGGAGGGCCUCCGGAUCGGGGACCAGAUCAUGAAAGUCAACGAUAAAGUCUUUGACAAAGUCACCCACGCUGAAGCAGUGAAGGUGCUGAAGGGCAAUAAAAAGCUGAGCCUCUCCGUACGCUCAGUGGGGAGGAUUCCGGGCGGCUUUGUCACCAACCACGUGUAUACGUGGGUUGACCCGCUGGGCCACAGCGUGUCCCCUCCUCCGGACCUGCCCGAGCAUCACAGCGCCGCCCUCAGAAGAAGUGACAGCCAGCGACGCAGCAACAUGCAGCUCCUGCAGGAGGGAGAUGAGAAGAAGGUCAACUUGGUUUUGGAUGACGGUCGAUCUCUGGGCCUCAUGAUCCGAGGGGGAGCGGAAUACGCCUUGGGGAUUUACAUCACCGGAGUGGACCGCGGCUCGGCGGCAGAGUGCGGAGGGCUCAAGGUGGGCGAUCAAAUCCUUGAAGUCAACGGCCGCAGCUUCCUGAACGUGCCCCACGACGAAGCCGUCCGAGUACUGAAAUCGUCGCGGCACCUGAUGAUGACGGUGAAGGACGUGGGCCGCUUGCCUCACGCCAGGACGGUGGUGGGCGAGACCAAGUGGAUCGCCAGCUCGCAGAUCGCCGACAGCUCGGCCGACGGCAGUCUGGCUGGUUACUCCGUGGACCAGGGAGCUUCUGCUGCUGGAAAGGCUGGUUUUUACAAGGGCGUGGCCGGAUCGCAGGUGACCUUGUCCAGCCUGGUCAACCAAUCCCGAGCGAUGCUGGAAGAGCAAGCGCGUCACCUUCUGACCGAGUCGGAGCGGCAAACCAUGGGAUACUACUUGGAAGAGUAUCGGGACGGACACGUCGGCGUGGAGCAGCUCGUCAUGGCGCUUUUCGAACUUCUCAACACGCACGCAAAGUUCUCCCUCCUGUCCGAAGUGCGCGGCCUGGUCGCCGCGCAGGACUUGGAGCGCUUCGACGGACUGGUGCUCCGCCGUGAAAUCCAGGCCCUCAAGGCGCGGCAGGGCGCGGUGGGAGGAGCCCCGCCCGCGCUGCAUCCGGACUCUCUGUCCGCCGCGUCGUCGUGCCCCGACGCUCCGACCUCGUCUUCGGCCAGCGUCGCCACGCUGAGCUCCGCCCGGGAAAGGCUGCUCUGGCUGCUAGAUCUGACGGAGAACGACAGCGCGCCCGAUCCAAAUCGGCAGGAUCCCUUGGACAGCCUGAACACGCUGCUGGCUGACGUCUCUCUGGAUGACGUACAGUCCGCCACAGCCGACUCCCCCCCUUCCUUCAAGCCUCCGCCCCCAUCAGGGGUACAGAGGCGCAAGAGUAGAAGAGACCAGCUCACCAAACGCCCCUCGUCCGAAUCCACGCACUCGAACUCGCGCUUCGCGGCCGCCGCCGCCGCCAAGCAAAAGCCGCUUCACGCCCCGUCGUCCCCCUCGCUACAUCGCAAACGGGAAGCCCCCCCCGUCUUGCCUUCCCGGGACUACGCGGCCAUCCGAAAGAGAGAACACAAAAGCCCCGAUCGUUUGUCGCUGGUCGCCCGACCCAGUAUCGGCCCUUUUCCACGCGUCCGGUCCCCGAGCGGGGCUGCCAAAGUGGCGGAGGCACGCCGCCCUUCGCCGCCACCUGCGCCCCCGCUGCCCGCGCCUCUUCGUCCUCCGUCUCUUCCCCUUAAGCCGUCCAAAGCGUCGUCGCCGGGCUCUAAGCGGCACUUUGUUACGGUGGAGGUGCACAGGCCCAACGCCGAGCCCGACGUCAAUGAGGUGCGGCCGCUGCCCCAAGCUAGAGGUGGCGCCCUGUCUCAGCUGUCAGACAGUGGCCAGACUCUCAGUGAGGACAGCGGCGUGGACAUAACUGAGUCAGGACACGUCAGCAACUCCCACUCCUCAUGCACACGACACCCUCAAGACAGCCAGGGGGGCGGGGGGGACAACCCCACCAAACCGCCGGGGCUGUUGGAGCCCACCUCCACUCUCGUGAGGGUGGCCAAGAGUGCGAGCACUUUGGGCAUCGCCAUUGAAGGAGGAGCCAACACUCGACAGCCAUUGCCGCGUAUCGUCACCAUACAGCGAGGCGGUUCGGCUCACAACUGUGGUCAGCUGAAGGUGGGUCAGGUGAUCCUGGAGGUGAACGGGAUCUCGCUGAGGGGCCGCGAGCACAAGGACGCCGCCCGCCUCAUCGCCGAGGCCUUCAAGACCAAAGACAAGGACUUUGUGGACUUCCUGGUGACCGAGUUCAAUGUAGCACUAUAGCCGAGGCGGGGACGGGUGAGAGAGACGAGCCGGGGAAUUCAAGGACAAAAGGGGAGGGGAGGACAUUUUCCGUUUCAAACGGCACAACACUUGAGCGGUGGACUCGACGCAAAGUCCACCUUAUCUUGUGACGCAACCUUCAUUCCUACCACCGAUGUGUUUUUCUCCAUUCUUUCCAACACGUUACCUCUCCGCUGCGAGACCUUAUGCACUACGGUAGAUCAUAGCAGAGCCUAUAUAAGCUCCAUUUUUGCCUGUCCGGAUAUCGAAACGGACGGAUUCGGCCUCCGUUUGAAAUCUACCGGGACUCCCCGCGGAUGUCCAAGUUACAGCAGUCUCGGUUCAUUUCGUUAGUUCUCGGCAACUGCGCCCGAAAAGACGACCGGGCUUUUCCUCCUUUUGAGUUUAUAUAUGUACAGAUGAAUUAAUAGAGAUGUAUAUACUCUAUAAGGUACACACUAUAAGAUCUCGAUGUGAAAUCGAAACCCAUGGACGGUGACAUCAACGCAUAUAUUUUAAAAAGUAUAUAUUUGUAUAUAUGGAUCGGAGCAGCUCACAUCUGUCGGAUCGGUGUUGUCCAUCGUCUCCCAUUUCGGUGUCCAAUGAACGAUCAUUUGUGGCAGGGAGCUCAAAAGGAGCCCGACAAGCACAGGGAGAGCAUGCAAACUCCAGCCAGCGGGUUUUCAAUCUGGUGGGAGGCCAAAGUGGUUUUUCCAUUUUUUUGGGAGAACAUCUGCUGCUCUUUUUCAGUCCAGCCAGGCGAAGAAUCCCCCCCCCCCCGAUUGCCAGUUCUAAUGUUGUUUUCAGACACACCGGUGGCACGAUGCGCAAAUGAAAGGACGUCAUCCAUCAUGCUGACGUCCGUAAGCGCAUGAUGGGGCAGCGUAGAAUCAAGAUGCAUAAGAACGCCCGGAAGUGGAGCCGCUCUUAGUGACGGAUCAAAUCUCAAAGGUGCGUUUCCACUUAGACCACUCGGCGUUCUUCCCCGCUGCUCCUUUUACGAGACCGUUUCCAUUUGGUCAUUUCCAAGUCGCAGACUAAUUAAAGUCCCCAGGGAGCGGGAGGAAGCCGUGCCCAGCGCUUCAACUCAGGAGGCGGCGGAGUCAGAAGAGGACAACAACGCUUGCAAAGAGAUGCACGGUAGCGUGCUCCCGAUUGGGUGAAAACGGGAGCACGCUUCUGGAAAGCAUAAACGAGAUGUUAUUGUCGUUCUGGACUAAUGAGUGACUCCGCCCCGAUGGAAAAUGCGUCAUCACGUUUUGGUUUUUAGCCUUGGGCAUCGGGGAUGGUUCAAAGUUCAGCUGGGCGGCUCCAAGCCCAUUUGUGCGUUGAAAGUAAUCAGUCGAAUCUUCAAAUCAAUUCCAAAGCAAACUUGGAGCCAAUGAAAUGAAGCUCAAAUUUAAGAUGGUUAAGAUAGCGCCCGAAUCUUUUCAAAAUAAAAUACGUGCUGAUUUAUAUAGAUGCGUCAAUAGCAGUAGGACCUCGUUGACCUGCUAUUAAAAAUCCGCCGGGGAGGGAGCGACGCUGGAGGAAGUAAUGGCAGCUUCAGGCAGUCUCGUUAAUCAGACGCCAUCAUGACGGCGGUGUGACGCCUUCACUCGGUGGCAUCGACUCCAGCAACGGCUGCUCCCUCACUCCCAACUUCCUUGUUAAAUCGGGCUUAUUCGUUUCGCUGAGUUGUGCCUCCUCGCUUAUUGGCCACGGUUAGCUUUGUUUCUUGAUUAGCUUGCGCAUUGGGAUGCUCUCCAUCUAUCUGCCUUUCUUUUUUUGUUGUUGUUGUUGUUGUUCUCUUUGCUUUUCUUUCUCAUCCGUCACAGUCCUCCUGUUGUUUGCCUGCUCCCAGCACAUUUGAACAAGGAUGGUGAUACAAAGCUUAUUUAUACAGAAAGUGUGUUUAAUUUUUCAAUAAAGAUAAUUGCACAAAAUGCUAAGCCGUGAUUUUAA